GUAUUUAACUUCAGUUCAGGCACUUUCUUUUUAAACAAUAGAGACUUGACCCAUCAAAUGGAACGCGACGAACCCUUUCGUAUUUUACUGGUCCUUUUCAUAAACCUUUUUUUCCUUCCCAACGGUCAACUUCUUUCCCAGGACGCUUCAGUCGUUUCGUGGACAGUGCUUACUAAAGUCAAUCGUAUACUGCGUAGUAUCCCCAAAAAUUUUUGAUAUUCGAAAUAUUUUCAAUAAAAUUGGUACCAUGACCAUUUGGGACAUUUUGGUCCUCUGCCUCCUACAAAUGAGCUGUUUAGGGGUUUUUCUUCUCUUAACUGGUGGUAAAUCAAUGGGAAGAAGAACCGUUACGGAAAAUGCCUCAGCAACUACGCCUGGAGUUACUCCUCUGAAGGAACGCUCCACGGUGACGAAAUCAAGCUCCACAAAUUAUGUGUUCAGCUCAAGGAACGCGAUGGUCCAAAUGAUCGACUUGUGUAAACCACUUGAGGAAAGUAAACUUGGAAUUAUUACGACCUGGUCGAAACAUCAUGGGGGCGUUGUCGUAAUUGAAAUUGAAUCUGGCGGGUAUGCCCAUCGAGAUGGACGGUUACAACUGGGUGACUACAUAAUUCGCGCGAAUGGGGAAAAUCUCGCAAAAUUGAGGGGAUCUGAGGCACAGGCGGCGUUUACAAAUGGGAGGAAGACAAACACUAAAAUUUCCUUGGUGGUGGCGCGACCGAAUCCGAAUGAUGUGAGGGUCCUGCCAAGUAAUAUACUGGGGGAUGAGGAAGAGUUGAAGAAAUAUUUGUAAAGUGUGUUAUUACUAGUAAGGUAAGGUUUGUAUAGAAAUUAAUUGGCAAGGUCUGAUUAAUUUAUGAUGCAUUAUGAAAUAAAAAUUUAAAAAAGUUA